AUGCUGGGGUGGGCGUUGGGUGCCCGUGGCUGCGCAGCAGCAGCAUCGGCGCGCAGCAGCAUCAGCAGCAGCAUCAGCAGCAGCAGCAGCAGCAGCAGCAGCAGUUUGCUGCUGCGUCGUUCACCGUUGUUAUUGCAUCCUACGGAUAGUAGUAUAACAUCAGCUCGUUUUGGGGCUUUAAUGCAGCAGCAGGAGCGGCCUUCGCCUCUUUCUGUGCAGCAGCAGCAACUGCAGCAUCCACAGCAGCAGCUGCAGCAGCAAGGCAGCAGCAACAUAGAUCGUAUAGGAGAUUUUAUCUAUCGCUGGCUUGAUAUAAGCGGGUUUCUUACACGAUGGCACUCUUCAACUCCUGCUGCUGCUGCAACUCCUCCUGCUGCAGCAACUCCUCCUGCUGCAGCAACUCCUGCUGCUGCAACUCCUCCUGCUGCUGCAGCAGUUCCGGAAGUGCAACUGCUACAGCAGCAGCUGAAGUUCAACUUAUUGCAGCAGCAGAUGCUGCAUGUGGGUGCAUGCAUGUGUCGCUAA